AACAGCCGACUGGGUGGGCUUAUGUAGGGGGGAAGGGGUCACGGGUCAUCUGGAGGUGGGUUAAAGGUCGUCUGGAGGUGUAUCUCCCAGUGGCAGGAUGGCGGGCGUGAAUGGAGACCGUAAAGGGAAGAAAGAUGACAAUGGGAUCGGCACAGCCAUCGACUUCAUGCUUUCCAACGCCAAGCUGGUGCUGGGAGUGGGAGGGGCAGCCAUGCUCGGCAUUGCGACACUUGCUGUCAAAAGAAUGUAUGACCGUGCCAUAAGCGCUCCCACCAGCCCCACCGGCAUGGAGCCCACAGGAAAGAGAAGCUGGGAGGAGCCGGCCUGGAUGGGCUCGUCGCCUCGAGUACUGAACCAUGACAUGAAGUCCACAGUUAGCAGGUCUCUGCAGUCUCUGCCCACAUCCUCACAUGCGUUUGAACCAGACUGUCUGCGGAGGGCGCUGGGUCGAGCAGCUGUGGGAGGCAGCGGCGCCACUCAGUCAGACCUGCAGCGGGCCCGAAUGCGUCUGUCCCUGCAGGAGCAUCUGUGGGGCUUCUACCAAAAUAAUGUGAACAUCCCGACAGAGGAGCAGGCUCAGGCUCGGAGGGCAGCGCUGGACAUCUGCGCUGAGCUCAGAGUGUUUCUUCACGCCAAACUGCCCGACAUGCCGCUCAGAGAGAUGUACCUGAGCGGCAGUCUGUAUGAUGACCUGCAGGUGGUGACAGCGGACCACGCUCAGCUCAUGGUGCCUCUUAUCUUGGAGAAGAACCUGUGGUCGUCCAUCCCCGGGGAGGACACCAUCAUGAAUGUCCCGGGUUUCUGGCUCGUCCGCAGGGAGAAUUUGGAGUAUUUCCCGCGGAACAGCAGCUACUGGGACCGCUGCAUGGUCGGAGGCUACCUGUCCCCUAAAUCAGUCCUCGAGGUCUUUGACAAGCUAGUGGCGGGCUCCAUCAACUGGCCAGCUAUAGGGAGCGUCCUCGACUACAUCAUUCGUCCUGUGGUUCCCUCAGAGACACUGACUCUGGAGGUGCAGUACGAGACAAACCGUAAACUAUAUGUGGACUUUUUACCGUUACUUGUCAUGGAGGAUGGAACCUCGCUGAUCGCCAAACCGCAUCGACUUGCUGCAGAGCGCCAUGAAAACCUGUGGCGGCAGAGCUUCCGGGUGGCAGAGACGGCGCGACUCAGGGCCCUGGACCAGGAGGACGGGGGCUGCAGAUGCGCAUGCCUGAAGCUGGCGAAGGCCGUGUGCAAGCUCAACCCUGCCCUGAACCGACUCAACGCCAGCCAGCUCACCAACGCCAUCUUGUUGCUGUGCGAAAAAGAAGGCGACUGGACCCAAGACGCGCUGGCCGACCGCUUCCUUCAGCUGCUACGAGCGCUAGUGGGACACCUCGAAGCCGGGAGGCUGCCGUGUGCCCUCAGCCCUAAAGUUAACUUAUUCUGCGAGCUGACUGCGCAGGAAGUGGACGAGCUGGGGUAUACGCUCUACUGCGCCCUCUCAGAUCCCGAGGGGCUGCUGAGAACUGCUGUGGCACAGCCGUCCGAUCCUUGACAACCUCGCAAACAAACGCCACGACGCGGAAACAUGGCAUUGAAAUGUCAUCCAGUGUUUUCUGAGCAAUGGUGACCUCCAGCCAUAAUGAGGUUUCUGGGGAAAAAACAACUGCAUGGAAUCAACCGCUCUCCGGAAACACGCGCCCUCUUCAGUCUUAAAUGCCGUCAGUGAGAAAACGGGAUACACACAGUAGCAGUUACUUCUGUUCAAAGCUGUACGUAAUGUGGUCAUACAAAUACUAUUUUAAUCUCUGAAGAAAACGAAGGCUAAUCGGCGUUCAUGUCGCUCACUGAAGCCAUUGUAUUAAUGAAGUUAAGAGUAAACGUGCUUUAAGGCCUAAUACAUCAGGACUGAGUCUAAACUGAAGGGAAAAACUGAGUCAGAGACACAGUUCGUACGUCUGCAUCAUAUUUGAGCUCUUUUUAAACAGGUUGGAGAGUUUCAUCCCAUGCAGUUAAAUGUUGUCCCCUCUGUUUUGAUUUGGGUCCAAGACUCUGUGUCGAGGAAUAGUGUAAUGUUGAUUGUGUGUAUAACAAACCAAAAGCUAAUAAAUUGUCAGCCUAAAGAGACACGCCAACCGUCUUUUCAUCUUCAAUCUCACAGAGCCGGUGUGUAGGAUUUAGUGGUAUUUGGCAUUGAAGUGACUGAACUGAAACUUGUUUGUGUACCAAGUAUGAUAGAGAACCACAGGAGGCAACGCGAAAACUAACAUGGCCUUAUCAAGAGCCAGUGUGUGGUUUAUCUGAGUUAAUGUAUCAACAACACAGCAGACCCUACGGAAGAGAAAUCGCUCCAUAUGUAAAUGUAAACUGGCUAAAUGGCUAAUUCACAGCAGCUUUUCUAAAAAAAUGCGAUGUAUGUCGCAGCAAAAAUAGCUGUGACGCUGUUUUAGAUUUUGAGCUUAUUAUUGAAGGAAGAUACUGAAGGAACUUCUUUGUUCCUGCAUGAGCUAACUCAACUCACCGAACGCGAGACACUGUGCCAAUAACAUCUCAUCCCAACAGCAAAACUGUCAGAGAAAGACAAAUUUGCAAGGUUGCGCAGAAUUCCUGCCGAUUGGCUGAAUUUGCAUUAAUUGUGACAAUCACAAGAUUACUAAAUCCUGGAGGGACUGAUAAACGGGUCUUUUGAGGACAACAAAAGCAGUCACUUAUUUUCCGAUUAUUUUAAACGAAUAGAAAUAUAGUUACGACUGUUGCCGCUAACUCCUACACACCAGGCCUCUAAAUACUGCUCGUGUUUUGAUAAGAGUUUAGAGUUCAAAUCGAAAGUUUUCUAAGGACUUCAUUAAUACAGUGGCUGCGCUGAAGAUGUAUGCUUUCCAUGUUUGCAGGGAUCUGAGAAAACAAACAUUAGGCUGUGAUUGGAUGUCUGCAGCUUGCAUGUGUUAUCUACCGAAUCUAGAGAUCAAACAGGUGAAUAUACACUGAGUUAUAUGUCGAUGUCUAUUUGUAAUAUUUCAAACUCACCAUUCAACUGUCAAUCAGAUGUAAAGUUUAAUCCACAAAUGGAAUAUGCUAGAAUUUAUGGUUUGUUGGUGAUCAUGAAAUUUAAUCAAUUCAGCACCGGCAUUUUCAUUUUGGCGAGAAUGGAAAAUGUUCCCAUGUGACUGUCUCUAAUACAGAGCUGCUCUUUGUCUGUUAUGACGAAGUUUCUUCUUCUGUCCCACAUGUGUUGCUUUGGGUCACAGGUCUCAUAUGCUUUAUUAUCUCGUUUCUUUUACGACCUGAUCACGGGUUAUUUUGCACUGUCAAAACAUUGGUCAAAAUGUCUCAGGAGGACGUCCUGAAAGUGCUUUAGUCUAGUGGUUUUUGCUUUAAUUUAAAUUCCAGUUUCCUGCGUCAUUACCUUCAAGAUCGGAUGUUUCCAACAGCGGUUGCUAACACAACAGCUCAGUUUUUAAGACAUUUUUUUCUCCCACAACCCACUGCUUUAAACGUGGUACAGAUGUUUGUCAGUUGGUAAAUUAGUCUCAGUAUUAAAGAGAAACUUUGGUAUUUUUCAACCUGAACCCUGCUUUUUUAUGUCUUUGUGUCUAAGUGACACGAGACAACAAUUUUUGACAUUGGUCCAGUAUUGAGAGAUGCUCUAACAGCAAAACAGUAAUGUAAUCUGUAAUGGCAAUUGUGCAGUCAAUUUAUGUCGACUAAAAGUGCUUAUUUUUGCCACUGACAGGCUCAGAUUGUUCUGACAGCUUUAUAGAAAUGAUCAUACGGAGAGAUGAAAAGGUUAUUUACCUUUUGAUGAUUGUUGUUGUCUCACUGAAGGAGAAGCACUGUUCGACUUCUGACUUGAAUGGUGGAAACGUUCAUAAAUUGGAGAAAGGGGUGCCGCGAGGACAUUUUUUUGUGUUAGAAAAGCAUUUCCCAAACCUCCCCUUGAUCACCCGAAGUGCUGCAUGUUUUAGAUCUUCCUGCUGCAACACAGCUGAUUCAAAUGAUCAACUCGUUAUGAACUCCUGAAGCUGGUAGAGAUCUAAAACAUGCAGGACAAGCGGUACCCGAGGAGAGGUUUGGGAAAUGCUGUGGUACAAUACACAUACCGACCUCAUAUAGUAUGAUAGUAUGUAGCCAUUUGGGGCAUGGUGGUACUGUCAGUUUAUGUCCACUAAAAGUGUUUGUUUUUGCCACUGACAGGCUCAGAUGAUUAUUUUAAAUGUCUGACAUUAUGGAAAAGAUCCUGACAGAAAUAGACCUUUUUUGUUUAAGAUUAAAUCAGUUUUGCUUCACCACAGUCCCAAAAUCGAUAUUGCCAAACUCACCAGACUCCAUUAAUAUAAACUGAUUUUAUCAUCAAACACGCCAUUCAAAGUUGACAGAAACAAGAUAAAAUUCACAAAAAUGUACUGGUUGAAAAACCCUUAACUUAUCCACUUAGGUGUGAAAUAUUCUGACUCUACACACGUUUAAAUGACUGUUUAAAUGGAGUCUGGUUGUUCUGGGUAUAGUAAUUUCAGGGCUGUUUUUGGUUGGGGAUCCUUUUCCAAAAUGUCACUUACAAUAACAAUCUGAGCCUAUCAGUGGCAAAACAAGCAAUUUUAGUGAAUUACAUUGAUGGGUGCACAAUUGCAUUAUGGAUUACAAUGCAGCUUGUUUCACAUCUCACUAAAUACCUUACCAAUUUAAAAAAAUGGUUCCAAUAAAUCACUUUGACACAAAACAUGAAAAAGUGGGUUCAGGUUAAAAAAGAAGUUUCCCUUUGACCUCCUGCCUGACUGCAGUUCCAGCAUGGAGCCUGUUACCUCUGUAUUUCAGUAUUUGUGUGUCUGUGUGCACACUUUGUUUUCACAUUAAACCCUGAUUAACUUCUAGGUGCCCAGUCUGUCCAGAAUAGGAAACCAGACGUGGAUUAGUGCAGAAUACUAGGCCAUGUCACGCAGUCCUGACCCUGCGCAGGAAGUGUUUGGCACCACGCUUGUAUAUUAAUAGUUUACAGGUGCUAAUCUCCUCUAGAUGAUGAUCUGAUUGAGCCGGAUCCACUCACAGAUCCUCAGUCGUAUAAAAGCAGCUUUAAUAGCCGAUGUUACUAGUUUCGCCUGCUACUCAUCGCAGGUGACAGUAGGUGGAGUUGCCACAACAAUAGCUGCCAGAGGUGGAGUUUGUCUCUAAAUGACUACCCAAAACAUGUCUAAACUAAUCACACGGUUGCUUUCUGUUCUCACCUUUAGCCUUAGAAUGAAAAAGAAAAUGCAGUGAUAUGGAGCAAGUGUCCCCUCGAUCCUCAGUUUAUGUAUAGUGUACAAUAUGGAGGGAUUUCCGUUGUGCAUUCAGUUCAUAAUCAUAAUCAUCAUCCAGAUAAUAAUGGAGAAACAGGUGAAUAUUUUUGUAUUUAUUGUACAUUUGUAACCAAAAAAAAUAUUUAUUUGCAUUCAAUUCAACAUGUAAAGUACCACUUCCCGUGCUUCAUGAAGUGCUUUGUUCUGGAUGUACUGAUAGAAAUGAAUCCACAGAGGAUCUUUGUUUGCAUAUGAAGCGUCUUCCUUUGCAGACCUGGUUCAUGCUGAAGGGAAGGGAGUCACUGUGCCACAUUUGUAACGUUAUUGUGAAACAAAUAACCCAAAGUAGAUCACUACCUCUACCUUGUGGAGUUCAUACUAGCCAUAUGCUUCGUUG